AUGUACGAAGGGAUUGACAACCUGAAAUCCCUUUACGACCGUGCCGGGAAGACUUUCUCCGGCGGUCCUUCUGCGGCACAGGAUGCGCCGCAUCGUACUGCUCAACCAGACCCAGUACGUCGAUCAUCAGUUGGGAGCGGGGCUCCCAAGUAUCCCAGGACGGGGGAUAGCCGCGCCACCGGACGAGAUAACUCGUCCGACGUCCGUUCACGUCGCGGUGGUUCAACAGCUGCUCAACUAGAUAGCGCUGGCCACCGCGAGAGUCCUCUAAUGGAGGUGGAGGAGGAGGAAAGACGCUCUCCACACGAUCAUGGGGAUCCGUGUGUUCCCGAGAUCUUCUUUGAUCGCGUAACGCAAGGGUUACGCAACGAUCUCGAACAUGAGCGGGACAGGCGUCUCCAAAUGGCGGACACUGUCUUGAAGCAUCGAGCUGAGUUUGCCUUUGCUCAGCUUGAGAACGAGAGAUCUCUGACAUCUCUUCGUGGCGAGCUAAGGGUAGCUCGUGGGAUUGUUGAUCGGUCUCGGGAUGAGAUAACUGCUCUUCAGACCCUUGUUGAUGCCCACCAUCGGGAGCACAAGGCUCUCUGCGAGAUGCUUGAGCGCAAGGGCGUUCUUCAUCGGAAGAAGCAGCGUACUGAUGGUACGGCUUAA